AUGCCUGACACAGCAGCAUACGCCAUCAAGACGCACGUUGCCGUCCCGCAGAAGGCACCGUACGGUGUCGAUGUGGUGGCGGGCAAGGAAUACUACUGGUGCACCUGUGGCCUCAGCAAGAACCAGCCCUUCUGCGACGGUGCCCACCAGGCAUACAACGAGGAGCACAAGACCCAGCUGAAGCCCAUGGCGUUUACUGCUGCCAAGACCGAGAAGGCUUACCUUUGCGGCUGCAAGCAGACNCCAGCCAUACAACGAGGAGCACAAGACCCAGCUGAAGCCCAUGGCGUUUACUGCUGCCAAGACCGAGAAGGCUUACCUUUGCGGCUGCAAGCAGACAAAGAAACCACCGUACUGCGAUGGUGCACACACCAGCAUCUGAUGACAUAA